GCGCUGUGCGUUGGCUCCGUGGGGUGACGACAGCCCCAGGUCCUCAGACCCAAACUUUCGCAUCUCUCUGUCUGGGUACCCGUACAAAUAACGCAAAGAAAUGAAGCUUUGUAGCUGAGAAGUUGCUCCAUCAACACGUGCGAUUGUGCUUCUUGAAUUGCCAUGAAAACAAACAGGAGGCAUUACUUUUGGAGCAGCCAACUUGUGAAAUGUAGAAACGUGAUUCCAUGGGGGACCUCGAGCACAGUGCAGGGACCUGACCUGGCUUUGAGCAGAGGAGCACCUUGAAAAAAGGCACCUCGUUAAUUAGCGUUAAUUACCGUUCAGCCCAGUCUGCAACAGGGCAGAGCUCAAGGGACAGCAACGCCCAUCAGCCGACUCUGAUGAUAACUUGACUCAUCAGAACUUGGUGAUUUUUAAUUAGCAAACUCAGGCUUGUGUCGUAUCACAAAAAGGGAUGGCUGAACGCAUUGAGGCGUGGAGGGCACCCAUGGGUUGUGAUGUUCAUCCCUACAUAAAGCUCCUGGAAAGGAGAACACAACCAGCAAUGUGUCUUUAACUCUUGGUGAUCCCUGUGGGUCCCUUCCAGCUCGGGGUAUUCUAUAGUAAUUAGCGAUGUGUGUUUGAUUGGUGCUUUUGCUCUUCUGGCCAUGAGAGGGCAAUAUCUGUGCAAUAAUCACUGCACAAACGCAUGGAUUUCCAAACCAUCCCACCAUACUGGCUGCCCACGUUCCUUGAGCCCCUCCAGGGAUGGUGAUCCCACCGGGCAGCCCAUGCCAGUGCCUGACUGCUCUUUCAGAGAAGGAAUUUCUCCUAAUAUCUGAUCCAAACCUGAAGAUGGGGCCGUGGUGCUCAGAGCAGCCCUUGCAGACUCCCUGCUCUGCACGCUACACGUGAAUCCGUGCCCCACGUGCCAGCUGGGUGCUCCCCAUUCAUUGGUGCUUUGCUUUUCCUGUUCUUCCGUGGCGUGCAGUCGGUGCUGGGCUCCUUCCUGGUGCUCUCCGUGAGCUCCUCAGUGCCUCUGUGGGCAGGAUGCAGCACCGCACCAUCCACCUCUUCCGGAAGGGCCUCCGGCUGCACGACAACCCAGCUCUGCUGGCUGCACUGCAGUCCUCCGAGGUCGUCUACCCCGUCUACAUCCUGGACAGAGCCUUCAUGACGUCCGCCAUGCACAUAGGAGCCCUGCGGUGGCAUUUCCUGCUGCAAUCCCUGGAGGAUUUGAGGAGCAGUUUGUGCCAGCUGGGUUCCUGCUUGCUGGUCAUUCAAGGAGAGUACAAGUCUGUAGUCAGAGAUCAUGUCCAGAAGUGGAACAUCACGCAGGUGACUCUGGAUGCGGAGAUGGAGCCCUUUUACAAGGAGAUGGAGGCCAACAUUCGGGCUCUGGGAGAAGAGCUGGGCUUCGAGGUGCUCUCACUGAUGGGCCACAGCCUCUACGACACCCAACGGAUUUUGGAGCUGAAUGGUGGGACUCCCCCGCUGACGUACAAGAGGUUCCUUCACAUCCUGUCCCUGCUCGGGGACCCGGAGAUGCCAGUCCGAAAUCUCACAGCUGAGGACUUCCAGAGGUGCAGCCCCCCUGAGCUGGGCCUGGCUGAGUGCUACAGGGUCCCUCUGCCCACGGAUCUGAAGAUUCCCCCCGAGAGCAUCUCCCCAUGGAGAGGAGGGGAGAGCGAAGGGCUGCAGCGCCUGGAGCAGCACCUGGCAGACCAGGGCUGGGUGGCCAGUUUCACCAAGCCGAAAACAGUCCCAAAUUCACUGCUUCCAAGCACCACCGGCCUGAGCCCCUAUUUCAGCAUGGGCUGCCUGUCAGUCCGCAGCUUCUUUCAUAGGCUGUCAAACAUUUAUGCUCAGGCCAAGCACCACUCCCUGCCCCCCGUGUCGCUCCAAGGGCAGCUGCUGUGGAGGGAGUUCUUCUACACGGUGGCAUCAGCAACACCAAACUUCACCAAAAUGGCCGGGAAUCCCAUCUGCCUCCAGAUCCGUUGGUAUGAGGAUGCUGAGAGGCUCCACAGAUGGAAAACGGCUCAGACGGGCUUCCCAUGGAUUGAUGCAAUCAUGACCCAGCUGAGGCAGGAGGGCUGGAUCCACCACCUUGCCCGGCACGCUGCCGCCUGCUUCCUGACCCGCGGGGACCUUUGGAUCAGCUGGGAGGAGGGCAUGAAGGUUUUUGAAGAGCUGCUUUUAGAUGCUGACUACAGCAUCAAUGCAGGGAACUGGAUGUGGCUGUCAGCCAGUGCCUUCUUCCACCACUACACACGGAUCUUCUGCUCGGUCCGUUUUGGGAGGCGCACAGACCCAGAGGGGCAGUACAUCAGGAAGUACUUGCCUAUUCUAAAGAACUUUCCCUCUAAGUACAUCUACGAGCCCUGGACGGCCUCUGAAGAGGAGCAGAAGCAAGCAGGAUGUAUCAUAGGUCAGGAUUACCCCUUCCCAAUGGUGGACCACAAGGAGGCCAGCGAUCACAACCUGCAGCUGAUGAAGCAGGUCCGAGAGGAGCAGUACAGAACAGCCCAGCUCACCAGAGAUGAUGCAGAUGACCCAAUGGAAAUGAAGCUGAAGCGGGACCGCUCUGAGGAAAACUUAACAAAGACAAAAGCAGCCAGGAUGACAGAACAAACCUAGAUCCAUCGGGGUUUAACCCUCUGGGAACUGAGAAAUGGCAGAAGGGAGAGCAGAGGCCAUCUGAGCCAGGAGGAGCUGCACUCCAUGCUUUGCCCCCUGUGUGAACCAACCACCAGCAAAAGCUUUGUACCUUCCAUGCAUUUGUUACUGCAGUUAUUUUGAAUGAAUUUGUCUGUCUGUUGGUGGCUUAGUAGUCAUUUAUUGCAGCUAUAGGUAAUGGACGUGUUUCUCUGUUGCUAUUAUUCAAAUCCACUCAACGUUCAUGCAUCUUUAUAAAUAGUUUUGAUGAUAAAUGCCACUCUUUCCAACAUGACAAAUACAUGUCAGUUUAAGAAUAAAUUGAUAUUAUUGUUUUCACACAUUAGUGUUAAAAGCAGGAUUUGCCUUAGACAGGCAAAUUUUAAGGGCAUUGUUAUAUAGUUUCUCAGUGGGUAAGGGCUGAUGUCCUUCUAGAACUGUAGGAUAGGUAUUUUAUUCCUCUCAUGUAUCACAUGUAAAAAUUCCCCCUUCCGUUGAAAUGGCUCCUUCUGAAGUGUCACAAGGCUGAAUAGCCUGUUUUCUUUGUUAUGGUUGGGGUUCUGUUAUGGUUGUGGGUUUUCAUCACCGUGGGUACUACUUUCGUUUAUAAAAGAAAUAAAAAUAGUUUCUGACAUGAAAAAA